AUGGCAGGAUCACAUUGGAAAGAUUACCCACUGGAUAGGGUUUUGCGUCCUCGAGGCCUCGAGGAUUUUUGUUAGGGUUUUGCAUCAGCCAUGGAGGUUCGAGGUUCCUCGUGGGUUGCACAUUAUUUGACCCUCCGUCCUCCUCUCCGCGCUUGGGUAACUCCACGUGGUGGUUUUUGAUGGUUCUCCUGUCCUUGGACUCGGAGGAAACAAUUCUCUCUGCGCUAUGCAGUCUUUCGCUCCAUACUCUGGCUCAGGAUGGUGGACUUCGAGAACCUCGGUGAGGAACAGCGGAGACGUCUCGGUUUUCUUUCUGAAGCUCCCUAGCCUCCGCCAGCGGGUAGCUCCAAGGAGCCGCAGGCUGCUGAUUUUCUCACGCCUGGGCCGGCAACCCAAGCGGCGGAACACUUUGAGGGAGAAGCUCCUGACCAGAAGCGACCAGGUGCGCAAAAUCCUAGAUGUUAUAACUCCCGAACUGCAACCCGAGAAUGCCCAACCUAGAUUAAGUCGGCAAGCCGAUGAGCAAACUGGUGGAGUCAACGCCAGCGCUUCUGAUACCAAUUCAAUGCGUGAUGGCAGCAGAACACAGAACGACGAAGAAAGCGUAUACAAUCAGGAUAGCCAGGGGAAACGUGAGCUUGGUAGCGAGUCAGUUUUAUGGAAUAAAUUGGAAACUUGGGUCGAUCAAUACAAGAAAGACUCAGAUAUCUGGGGAAUAGGAUCUGCUCCAAUCUUCACGAUUUACAAAGAUCCUGAUGGAAACGUAAUCCGGGUUUCUUUGAAUGAAGAUGAAAUCAUCAGGAGGAAUCAAUGUGGAACGCUGUCUUUGCUGUCAAAAGAACUGAGAGAAGACUAUAUGGACGUGAAUGCAAAGGUUUCCCGGGCGAAGCUUAUAGCCAAGGAGAUUGAAUCUGGGGAAUAUAAGCUCCCCGAGAAUAGUACUGUAGCCCAGACUGUGGUUGAGGGAGUGAAAUCAUCUUCUUCUGUUGACCGGUUUCAUUUUCUCAAUCCUGGUGGGAAAGUACUAACUGCCAUCUCCCCACGAAUUGUGCUUCCUUUCUUUUUCAGCUUCUUUGUCACCUGGUCUCUGAAGAAGCUUCUGUUCACGAAUAUGAGAAUAGAAACAACGAAGGAGGAAAAAGAGAUGCUGAGGAGAAAGUUGAAGUCAAGGACGGAAAGGGGUACGAUAGAGCAGGGGAGUGUUGAGGUCGUUAAUAACACUCCAGAGUUGCCAGUGGGAUCUGAGCGGAGACCUCCAUUAGAUAAGCAUGAACUGAUGAAGAACAUAAAAGCAAAGACAUCUACAGAGGGACCCAGGAUCUCAAACUCUCAGGUAAAUUUUGACGAUAGUGAUGCUAAUUUUAAAGAUCAUGUCUAUGAAAUAAGGGAGAUGGUAAAGCAGGUUCACGAGCUUGAGCAAGAAGAGAAACAGCACGUUGGCAAGAGGAACGAUGAAAGUGAUCCUUUCUUUCUUCCUUCCACUGAGCAUCAGUUGCCUGGAUUGCAAUCAGAUAUGAGUUUAGAAAUCCAUCCUAUGGAAAAUCACUCAGAUGGCAGUAUUACUUCUAAGUGCAACAUAUUAACAGAAGAUACAGAGGCUAUUAAUAUUGCAGGACCUAUGGAUGGGAGUUCUGUGGGGUCUCUGGGUAAUAUCCCUGGUGAAACAUCGAGUAUAAAAAAUUCCGAACCUCUACAAUAUGAGACCAUCGAUUAUCCUGAAAUAGGUGCAGUAGUUUCCAUGAAUGGAAUCACUGUUGAUGUUCCUGCUGAGCGUUCUAAGAUGGAAGACAGUUCUGGGAGUCUGGACGCGGAUGCUUCAAGGAAUGAGGAGAUCGAACACAAGAGACCAUCCAGUGAUUUAAUCAUGCCACAAGAUCAGAAAGAAAUACAGUUUGAUCAAACCUGUUCAGAUCAUUCAUCUUCAAUGGGAAAAAAAGCCACUGGGAUAAAACCUAAAGUUUUAGUGUCAAUCAGUGAAGCUAGAGAAUAUCUUAAAAAAAAAUAUUCAUCAUCAACAGAUAAGCUGCAGUCGAGGCUGAAAACGCAAGAUAAUUGCCAGUCAGCAGGGUUUUUAAGUAAUAGGAGUCUAAAUACCGUUAUAGAAAGGAUAGAGGCUGUCAAAUCAGCUGAAGUAGAACUGGCUGAGUGUGCCAAGGACAGAACCAUUUCUCCUGACUUUUCUUCUCAUAUGGCUCUUGAUCAUGUCCAAGAUAGAGCAGAUUCAAAAUAUAUCAACGAGCCUUCCUGCGUUACUGCAGUAGAUGUCUUCUCAUCUAUGGAUGUGGAGAAAAGUGACGUAGGAAGUGCAAAUUGUUUGUCCCCUGAAAAUGCAGAUGAUGGAGCUCUUCAGAGUUCGGUUACACGCCACUUUGAGAGAGAGGAGGUGGCUGCACACAAAGAAAGUGACGAUUCUGUAGAGCUGUAUGAACCUGAUCAUAGUGAUUUUAGGGAUGAAGAUCAUCAUCCCAAAGAACAAGUCGAGAGACCUAAAGUUUGUAAUGAUGUUAACGGUCCACUUGACUCUUGUGCCGAAUCUUCUGAGAAAUCUCGGGAUAAUGAUCGUCAAACUGAAGUACAAGUAAAAGAUGAGAAGAGUUGGGUUGAAAAGAAUUUUGAGCAGUUUGAUCCUAUCUUUGAGAAGAUUGGAGUUGGUUUCCAAGAAAACUACUUGUCAGCUAGAGAAAAGACUAAAGAACAGAAAGUGCCUAGUGCUGGAAUAGGUGAAAUAGCAUUACAAGAUGAAGAGUUUGAAUGGAUGAAUGACGAAAAUCUAAGGGAGAUUGUGUUUAAAGUUCGUGACAAUGAGUUGGCAGGACGGGAGCCUUUUCAUUUGAUGGACCCCGAUGAGAAAGUUGCAUUCUUUGAGGGUCUUGAAAGAAAGGUAGAGAGAGAGAACAAUAGGAUGUUAGCAUUGCAUGAAUUUAUCCACACCAAGAUUGAAAACAUCGACUAUGGUAUAGGUAAUACUUAUAUUGAUUUAUUCGUCUUUGACAAAUGCAUACUUUCUGUUUAUGUCUCUUUGAAUUGAUAUAAUUCUUUUUUAUGUUUUUUUUUCCAGAUGGUAUCAGCUUGCAUGAUCCUCUAGAGAAAAUUGUUCCCCGUUGGAAAGGUCCUCCACUUAGUGAAGAUCCUGAGUUUCUAAAUAACUUUGCUAGAGGUCAACAAGAGACAUUGGAGAGUAAAAUGGCAAGCGAGGAUAUGGAAGACCUUCAGAUUUCUGAUAAAACCCAAUCAGAUGCUCUCUCACCUUCCUCUCCUGUCCAUAAUCUGAGGAAAAUUUCUUCAGAUGGAACAUCUGUAAGUCCCAGGACAAUCAUAGAAAGUAGUGAUGGUUCUAGUAGAUCUGGCAAAAAGUUGGGCAAAGAGCACUGGGAGCAUACAAAGAAAUGGUCCCGGGAGUUUCUAGAACUUUAUAAUGCAGAAACAGAUCCAGAGGUGAAAUCAAUUAUGAGAGAUAUGGGAAAGGAUCUAGACAAAUGGAUCACAGAGAAAGAGGUGCAGGAUGUGGCCGAUCUGAUGACUAGAAUACCCAAAAGAAAGCGGAGGUUCAUCGAGAGGAAAAUGGAUAAGCUUAAGAGGGAAAUUGAAACGUUUGGGCAUCAAGCGGUCGUCAGCAAGUAUAAGGAAUAUUUAGAUGAGAAGGACGAGGACUAUCUUUGGUGGUUGGAUCUUAGCUUCGUACUGGUAAGGAAUUUUUGUUUUACUUUCAUUUAUUUAUUUUACGCAUAUUUAGAGAUUCUAGAUAACUCCCGUCUGACUUUUUUUCUUGUUGAGUUCUUCCUGCUUUAACAUGCUCCUUCUUUAUUUCUUUGAAGUGCAUUGAGCUCUACAGAGUUGAAGACGACGUCCCAAAAAUAGGAUUUUACUCCUUAGAGAUGGCUGCAGAUCUUGAGCUAGAUCCAAAGCAAUAUCAUGUCAUUGCGUUUGAGGAUGCCGGAGACUCUAAGAACUUUUGUCACAUCAUACAAGCUCAUAUGGAAAUGCUGGGAAAUGGUAGUGCUUUUGUGGUUGCCAGACCUCCAAAGGUACCAUUUUUCUUUUCCGUGUUCAGAAGUCUUAGAACGUUGAGAAAAUGUGCAAUGCUUCUGUAACAUUGCCAUGACUUUUAUUUUCAAUCAUCAUAUUGUCGCUGUUAUGGUGGAAACAGGGCUCGAAUCUUAAUUGAUAAAAAUUGAAUCUUUAUGAUCAGGAGACUAUUAGAGUUUUACCCAAAUCUUUAAUCAAAAGCCCUCUAGGUCAAAAUACCCACCCCUUUCAUGAUGGAAAUAUUUCGUGCUAGGACAAUUGAAUAUGCUACAAUAUUCAGAGCCAUUUGAUAUUGUAAGAUUGCUGACCAUCUAAAAAAGGUGUGAAAGACUGGAGACUGCCUGUCUGACUUGGUUCGUCCGAAUUCAGCCUACUUUUUAGCUUAUGACUGGAUUAUUUGACAUGAAUGAGUAUAACUGGAUCCAACCAAACUUAUUACUUGACAGCUGCUGCCCUUUUCUUGCAUCAUAGGAUCUUAAUGAAAAUGUUGUGGAAAUAGUAUGAUAAAUAAAGGAAAAUGACUGCAAUUAGGAAAAGAGUGCAGUAUAAUCGAAUUGUAAAGUCUUUUUACCUUGAUAAUUAUGCAAGACUAAGCAUGUCAAUAUAUGAGAUGAUCUAUACUAAAUUUUAAUGUACUCUUCCAUUAGAGGUCAGUAUUUCCUCGAGUGUAAGACUUUCUAGAUAUUGCUUUAAUUGUUAUAUUUCCUGCUUGUGUUUUGUAGACGGGCUCAAUAAUUUCCUUGCUUGAGCCCGUCCAGAGUCAGGAAGCAAUAGUCUGGAAACCAGGGUUAUUUUAGUUUUUUUUUAUGGGUGAUUAAUCAGCAUCAAAAGAUGCAGCCAGCACUUGAGAUAGCUUACCAUCUGUGCGUGGAACUCCAACCACUUACCCUGCAGGAUGCCUUUCGGGAAGCCAAAUCCAAUGGAUUCCACGUUACUGUUAUAAGGAAAGGAGAGCUCAAACUCAAUAUAGACCAAACAUUGGAGGAGGUGGAGGAAGAAAUAACAGAAAUUGGAAGCAAGAUGUACCAUGAUAAGAUUAUGCGGGAACGUGGCAUUGAUAUGGGCGGAUUAAUGAAAGGUGUCAUCAAUGCUGACAAAUCCCCCAAGAGGUAUUUUUGGCAAAAUGUUCUAAUUAUGAUCUUGGUCACGUCUGCGAUUCACCUUUUACAUUUGCUUAGCAAAUUGGCAACAUUGGAGUUUUGGUCACUCUAA